CCGUCUCUGUGCCGACCAUUAUUAAACUUCAGGCUUUGGACAUGUGGACGCUGGAGAUGGAGUGGACAAUGAAUCAGAAAGAAGAACGCAGAAAUCAAAUACAAGUUUAUGAAAUACAAGUUGGACGCACAACAAACAUGGAUAUUGUCGACAGCAUCAAUGUUAGCAGAGGAUCACUGGACAUGGUUUGGACCUCGCAGCUCCCGCUGAACUGUGUUGAUCACUCUGUCAGAAUAAGGCUCAUCUCUGAUGAUUUACCAUCCAGCUCUUGGAGUUUAUGGAAAACCAACUACGGGGAGAUGAACUUGACUCACAAUGAAAUCCGGCUGUUCCCAGAUGGGCAGGUGUUACGGGACGGUUCCACGGUGAUGUUCUGCUGCAUUUAUCCCACAGAGACACAUAUCACCUCUAUGUUCUUCGGCAACACCCCCUACACAGUCAUCAACAUAAGCCCACAGGUCAAAGCCAUUAGAGUGGAAAACAUCAAAGCCACUAAUAGUUACGGUGUCAACUUCUAUACCAGUAUGGACCGUAAAGAUGUAGCAGUGAACUACGUCACCUUUCCUCCUGAGAAACCUGAGGACUUCAGAUGCGAGACCGCAGACAAGCGAAACGUCUCCUGCUCGUGGAAAACACGCAGAGCUCCUAAUCUACACGGCCCGCAGAGAAGCAACUACACAUUACUGAUCAAUGACUCCAGGGCCGUCAGCUGUAAUCCUGAAUCAAAUUCUGCAGCCUGCAGUUUUGAAGUCGUUCCACAGCAGAUCCACUACAACAUCACCUUACUUGUGACAAACAGUUUGGGGCGAGAGAGCGAGACGUACAUAUUCAAUAUCACAGACAGAGUUUUCCCAGUCCCUGUGCGUCUUGACGUGGCUGCAGGUGUGUUGGACUCAGUGGUGGUCUUACAGCUGAAUGGGAGUUUCAAAGGACUUCUUUUGAGUUGCCAGAUUGAAAUUGAACCAAGAGGGAGAAUACAGGAGUUAGAUAAGAAUGGAUCUGACUCGAUGCAGAAUUACACAUUCAGACUACAGCACCUGAAGCCCAGCACACGCUACUCCACUAGGGGACGCUGUGCAGUUCAGGGGAACGACUGGGGGCGAUGGACACGACAAAGGCCAUUCAUCACAGAGCCUCUAGUGACCAUAGAUCUGUGGAGACGAAUCAGGGACGAUCCCAAUCGCACCGUCACACUUCUGUGGAAAAAUGUCAGCAGCGACUCGUCGUAUAUCGAAGCCUAUGAGGUGUGUGUGAGCAACAGAAAUCCACAGAGGAGCGUGUGCAUGAAUGUCACGCAGAAACAGACGGAACUACCCUUAGAUGUUCACAUGUGUAACAUCACCGUGAGGGCCGUCACUCAAUCUGGCUUAUCUAUACCAUCCCACAUCACUAUUCCUCCAGCAUACACAGACAUACCGAAGGAGAAGAGGAUUAUGGGUAAUGGAAAGGAAUUUCAGCUCACCUGGAUGAGGGACUCUGUCGCCACAUGUGAUUACAUUGUAGAGUGGUGCAUGCUGGGUAUUGCCCCUCCCUGCAACUUACAGUGGAGAAAAGUCCCAGUUCAUCAGACCUCCUUAAACCUGGACGCAGAUUUUAAAGCAGGAGUUCAGUACAGAUUUAUUAUCUACAGCUGUAGCGCUGAGGGACACCGACCUCGUGAGAAACAGAUCGGAUACUUAAAAGAACAGGAGCCCAUGGAGUACCCUACACUGGACACUAACCCAAACAUAACUUGGUCAUCUGUAAACCUGAAAUGGAGUUUCAAUGAGGAGGAUCCGAGUCACGCUGGAUUCAUCACAGGAUAUGUGAUCACGGUACAAGAAGAUUCAGAGGCCGGCUCCGAUCUCAGUUCCUUCAGACGGUUCGUGGACGAUCCUCACAGCAAGUCUUUCACAGUGAGUGGUCUCGAGGAGGAGCAGCCGUACACAUUUCACCUGGCAGCGUGUACAUCUGCAGGCUGUGGACCCGAGACCACCGCCACCUUCAGAACCAGAAAGAACCAUUACCUGAUGACGGCCAAGAUUUUGAUUCCUCUCCUGGUUUUGGUGUGUUGUUGCAUUUGUCUGUGGACAAACAGAAGCACGCUAAGAGGAUUUCCAAAAGAAACCUUCGGCUUUCUGCACAUAAAAGCACUGGACCUGGAUGAUGAUCUUUAUGAAGCGAGUGAAAAAAUCCAUUCUCUGAGGACAGAGGACUGCCAAUGGUGUGACGUCGAGAUUUUGCCGCCCACCGUGGCAGAGAAAACCUGGUUAGCGAGCGCAGAGGAUCCGAAUUGUUCGUUCAUUGGCCCUAAAGUCACGCCGCACUCGUUCCUGACACCAUCAUACCAUCCCACCGCAGGUCUCACAAACUUCACAUACAUGUACUCUGUGCAGCAAGACGUGCCUUCAGAGCUGCUGGAGACCCCUGAGACAGAAGCCACAAGACAGGAGUCUGACAUCUCAGGCUUUUCAAGUGGCUAUGUCACUUCUGUAGCCACGAAAACUCAGUUAUGUGAUAUUCUAUACACACCAAAGUAA